GAUGAUGAGCCUCUGUCUUCUGUCCUGGAGCAGUCUAUAGCUCUGUUGGCACCUCUCAUACUCCUGCAUGUAUUACCACAACACACACACAUACAACCCCAGUACAUUCCCCGCUCAAUUACUGCCCACCAUUACAAAUGCUACACAACAUUAUCACACACUGUACACAUCAUGUACAUUGUGUUAGGCAUGUUUCUAAUACAGCAUGUUAGACAUGGUUUAAGGUAUAUAAUGUACAGAGUUUUAACAAAGCAUGUAUGAUGUGUCUUUGUACAGUACACUUGGAAGACCAGAGGGAGGGUAGGUGGGAAGGAGAGAGAGAGAGAGAGAGAGGUGAGGAGGGGGAAGGACGAAGAGAGAGGAGAGAGGAGAGAGAGCUGCCUAUGUACCGAGGCCAAAGAUCAAUGGCAAACAGUCGGCCAAGUCAGAGGGGACGGAUUUGGACUGAGACACAGAGAAGCCAUAGUUUCCUUCACAGGCUUGCUUUCAUGUCUCACUGCUCGCACCAUGUACAUACGUACAUGUACAAUGUAUGUAAGCAGCUCAUGUACAUCACGUUGAAGUGUUGUGGGUUCGAAACCCACCAAGGGCAGCUUUUUUUCCAAUCAAAAACUGUUGUACUUGCAUUUGCGUUUAUUUGUGACCUUUUUGCUGUUACACGGACAACUCACUAUUGUCUCACAUAUCGUCUUAUAGUACUUGACCGGUAACUUCCUUAUCAAGCAGCGGAACAUUGUACAUGUAGGUCAUCCAUACACUACGUACAAAUGCUCAGUUCCUGCGACAUUACCUCUAACUCGGCUACUACAGGGCUAAUAGUAGUAUAAUACACAUUGCACUGGCAGUAAACAACACACCUGGUCCCCAGGGUUUGGUGGAUAAGGGUAAUCUGUAGGGAGAUGGAGAUAGACACAGCAGAAU